CCUAUUUCGAAAUUUUCCAAUACUGGCAAGCGCCAUUAAUCAAAGUUGGCGUCGAAAAUAUGUUUUAGAGCUUAGAACCUCAGGAAAAUGUUUAAUUUCCUCAUUACAAAGGAAGUUUUCGAGCUACACAGUUGUCCCUUAUAAUAAAAUAAUAUAAUAUAUUUUUAAAAAUUUUCUUUACUUAUAAAAAUGGAAUACAAACUAUCAAAAGAAAUAUUGGGAACUAGUCCUACCGAUAUUGCUGCUCGUUUAAGCAUUCGGUACCCCAAUUUGAGUGCCUCAUCGCCGCGUGGUGUCACUUAUCGUCCAAAGGAACCCAAGGCCUUCGUCCGUACUCCAUUGACCGAGAUGGGAAAAAAAUCCGAGAGCGAUCUGAACAACAACCUGGCCACCAGAGUGGACAUGAGUCUGGCUGCAAAUCAGUCACAAGAGCUGAAAUGCGAGGUCCCGGUCGAGACCAUGGGACGCAAACCGUGCAUCUGUAUGCGCCCUUCGAUAGCUUAUGAGUGUGGAAGGUGUCAUCAAUUAUUUCACGGUAGAGUCGCUGAAAUCUGUGACAAGCAUCCUUCGGAAGCGUUUCUAAUGGACUUCCAGCAGUGCCCUUAUUGCGUAGCACCCAUCAGUCUGAUCAAACCGUCGAAUCUCAGCUGGGAACAAAUCUGCAAGUUUGAGGAAGCCCCUCUGCCGGACGACGAUGAUCUUUGAAUUUAAGUUUUUCGUUUUGAGUUUGACACUCAAAUUACUUUAUUUUGACUUGAGCUGCAUGUUAACUUUAUAUUUCUUAUUUAAAUACAUUCCAUAUGGUGUAUAAAUCAAUGUACCUUUAA